GCUAUGGCGUCUGUGCCGUAGAAUGUGACCACUGCUUUGUAAACUACUUAUUGCACUUUUCACUCUUCAUUUAACUAUUAAGGGAGAUAUAGUUAUACUCUACCGCUGUGCGGAAAUCGCGUAGUUUAGCCAUAAGAAGCUAAUGCUUUGCGUCUAGCGGAAAUCCCCCAAUUGGCGAAUUGCGCGUCUACACUACUGCAGUUGCGAUGAGCCGGAGUUCAAACGAUUCGGAAGAAGACGGCGAAAUUGAUCGUGAAGAAACGCGCUACAACAUGGUUUCGAGCAGUGUUACGUCGCCUACGAAGGACUACGCCGAACAAGCGGAUGACAGUGACAGUUAUGACACUGAGGAUGGAGGCGAGGACAUGCUGCACAUACAGCCCCCCCAGGCAACCAUUGUGAUUCCGAAGCGCGACCGCCGAGACCGCAAGCGGGACAGGCACUCGAGAAAACACGAAUCGUCCCACAGCCGCGGCAAGGACCGCCGGCCGAGCAGCCGAGAUCGGAGCGGUGGACACCGGGACAGCCGGCGUGCGGCUGCCGACAGCAGCAGCAGUCACAGGAGCAGCAGCACCCGUAACCGCGACACACGCGAGCACGACAACCGGCACCGGCAAGCCCACCGAACAGAGGAAAAGGUGGCUCGGCCUGUGGAACCGCCGUCACGCUCUGGGCGGAACGAGGCCAGCAGCAGCAGUGGCAGUAGCAGCAGCAAAGAGCAGGUGAGGGCUCCCCCACGAGAUGUUGGCAGGAGUGUGCAGAGAGAACUGAAGGAGGUGAGCCGCAGUGACUUGCGGGACGCACGGGAGAAGAUCCGGGAAGCCAAGGAGGCACGGGAGCAGAGGGAAAGAGAGCAAAGGGAGAAAGAAGAGAGAGAACAAGAGCGUCUUCAACGAGAGUGGCGCAAAGAGCGGCUUCUUAUAGUGUCACAAGCGUCAACCCAGCGGGAGAGGGACCGGGAGCACCGAAAAACUGAGGCAGCCCGCUCGGCCGAAGUCGCCAAGCUGACCAAUAGAGAGCGCAGCCGUAGUCCUCUCGCACGGAGCUUGGAUGACCGGUCCGACCUGCCAGAAAUCUCUCUUACAGUCGAAGACGAGCGCCUCACUGACAUCGAGGACGAAGAACCGAGUCCACCGAAAACUAUCUCUCAUGUUGGACAGGGAGAGCCGAGAAUAGCUUUAAUGGACACAAACGUUAACAAGGAACAGCCGCCACAAGCGCCACCUCAACCACGCGCUGUCGCGAAGAGUUCGGAUGACGAUGACGACGACGACGAUGAUGACGACGGGUCCGACGGUUCCUCAGACUCAAGCAGCGAUGACAGCAGUGACUCUGACGGUUUGGGCUUGUUUUUCAGGGCAGGAAAGACAUCAGACUCCAAUGCGAGCAAACCGUCGUGCGAUAAAAAUCGCCAUGCUCGUUUGAGGGCCAUACUGAGAAAGCUCGUUAAAGGGGAGUCAAAGAACCAACGUUCACGGCAUCGAGAUAGCAGCAGCAGCGACGAUGACUCUGAGGAUGAUGAAAAAUAUUCUGAGGACGGAAAAGUUGAUGGUACAGAUGUGGAAAUGAAGGAAGUCGCACAGAAAGCCGAAACGGCAGAAGCCAAUACAACUGGUGAGGCCUCCCCGUUGAGCGAAGACGAUGAUGACGACGCCCAAUUGCCCCCUUACUUGCCCGCCAUUCAGGGCUGUCGUAGCGUUGAGGAAUUUCACUGCCUCAACCGCAUCGAGGAAGGCACUUACGGCGUUGUCUACCGAGCGAGGGACAAACAGACAGAUGAAAUUGUGGCUCUGAAACGAUUGAAGAUGGAAAAAGAGAAAGAGGGCUUUCCAAUAACGUCCCUGAGGGAGAUCAACACCCUUCUCAAGGCGCAGCACCCAAAUAUUGUCACCGUUCGGGAGAUAGUGGUAGGCAGCAAUAUGGACAAGAUCUACAUUGUGAUGGACUAUGUGGAGCACGACCUCAAGAGCCUGAUGGAGGUGAUGAAGCAGCCGUUCCUGGUGGGCGAGGUGAAGACGCUGAUGUUACAGCUGCUCAAGGCAGUGGCCCACCUGCACGACAACUGGAUCCUCCAUCGGGACCUCAAGACGUCCAACCUCCUGCUCAGCCAUAAGGGCAUCCUAAAGGUCGGUGACUUUGGUCUAGCUCGAGAAUACGGCUCGCCCCUGAAGCAUUACACUCCUAUCGUAGUCACCAUGUGGUACCGUGCACCAGAACUGCUUCUUGGAGUCAAGGAGUAUUCUACACCCAUCGACAUGUGGUCUGUGGGUUGCAUAUUUGGAGAGCUGCUCACAAUGAAGCCGCUGUUCCCUGGAAAGUCGGACAUUGACCAGUUGAAUAGAAUCUUCAAGGAUCUUGGCACCCCCAGUGAAAAAAUUUGGCCUGGCUACACCGAGCUUCCGCUAGUGAAGAAGGUGACCUUCACAGAGCACCCGUACAACAAUCUGAGAAGUAGAUUUGGCCACACCCUUUCGAAUUUGGGCUUUGAUCUGAUUAACAAGUUCCUGACCUAUUACCCACAGCGUCGCAUCACUGCCGAAGAGGCAUUGAAGCACGAAUUUUUUAAUGAAACGCCGGUUCCCGUGGACCCAUCCAUGUUUCCUACGUGGCCAGCCAAGAGCGAAUUGGGUCACCGAAAAGCACAGAGUCCCAAGCCCCCAUCUGGUGGAAAGCAGUUUGCCAAGCAACUGGGUGAAGGCGAUGACGAAGGACUCCUGGCAGCCGCAGGCUUUCACAUGAACAUCCCCAGCAAGGGAAGCUCAGCCAAGGGAACUGGCUUCAGCCUCAAGUUUUAGCAUCGCCACAAAGCACCACUGUUUAAA